AUGCCGGCCAUCCUGGACGGGGACGAGGCCAUCAGGAAAUGGCUGGACUUCGCUGAAGUGCCAACCCAAGAAGCGGUUAAGCUCAUCCAGCCCACAGAGAACAUCGUUUUCCACCCCGUGUCCACCUUUGUCAACAGCGUCCGGAACAACACCCCCGAGUGUGUCGCGCCCGUUGAGCUGGGAGCCAAGAAGGAGGUCAAAGCCACCCCAAGCAGCAAAGUCAUGCUGGGCUGGUUAAAAAACUCCCAGGAGAGCUCUCCCCAGAAGAAAGAAAAUGAUUUGCCCAGGUGGACGAGUCAGUUCAUCCAGAGCCCGUCCCCCAAGAAAACCAGCGCGGAUGUCCUGCAGCAGUGGCUGGGGAGGGAGGGAGAGCCAGCUGCCAAGAAGCGCAAGGCUUAG